AUGCCGAACUUCUGCGCUGCCCCCAACUGCACGCGGAAGAGCACGCAGUCCGACCUGGCCUUCUUCAGGUUUCCGCAGGACCCGGCCAGAUGCCAGAAGUGGGUGGAGAAUUGUAGGAGAGCAGACUUAGAAGAUAAAACACCUGAUCAGCUAAAUAAACAUUAUCGGUUAUGUGCCAAACACUUUGAGACCUCUAUGAUCUGUAGAACUAGUCCUUAUAGGACAGUUCUUCGAGAUAAUGCUAUACCAACAAUAUUUGAUCUUACCAGUCAUUUGAACAAUCCACAUAGUAGACACAGAAAACGAAUAAAAGAAUUGAGUGAAGAUGAAAUCAGGACAUUGAAACAGAAAAAAAUUGAUGAAACUUCUGAACAGGAACAAAAACAUAAAGAAACAAACAACAGCAGUGCUCAGAACCCAAAUAUAGAAGAAGGGGGUGAAGAACAGGAUGAAGAUAUUUUACCUUUAACCCUUGAAGAAAAGGAAAACAAAGAAUACCUAAAAUCUUUAUUUGAAAUUUUGAUUCUUAUGGGAAAACAAAACAUACCUUUGGAUGGGCAUGAGGCUGAUGAACUCCCAGAAGGUCUCUUUACGCCUGAUAACUUUCAAGCAUUGCUGGAGUGCCGAAUAAAUUCUGGUGAAGAGGUUCUGAGAAAGCGCUUUGAGACAACAGCAGUUAACACGUUGUUCUGUUCGAAAACACAGCAGAAACAGAUGCUAGAGAUAUGUGAGAGCUGCAUUCGGGAGGAAACUCUCAGGGAAGUGAGAGACUCACACUUCUUUUCCAUUAUCACUGAUGAUGUGGUGGACAUAGCAGGGGAAGAGCACCUGCCAGUGUUGGUGAGGUUUGUGGAUGAAUCACAUAACCUGAGAGAGGAAUUUGUGGGCUUCCUGCCUUAUGAAGCUGAUGCAGAAAUUUUGGCUGUGAAAUUUCACACUACAAUAACUGAGAAGUGGGGGCUGAACAUGGAGUACUGUCGUGGACAGGCUUACAUUGUGUCCAGUGGAUUUUCUUCCAAGAUGAAAGUUGUUGCUUCGAGACUUCUAGAGAAAUAUCCCCAAGCUAUCUAUACACUCUGCUCUUCCUGUGCCUUAAAUAUGUGGUUAGCAAAAUCGGUGCCUGUUACGGGAGUAUCUGUUGCAUUGGGAACGAUUGAGGAAGUUUCUGCUUUUUUCCAUCGAUCACCACAACUACUUUUAGAACUUGACCGUGUAAUUUCAGUCCUUUUUCAGAGUAAUGAAGAAAGGGGUAAUGAACUGAAGGAAAUUUGCCAUUCUCAAUGGACAGGAAGGCAUGAUGCUUUUGAAAUUUUAGUGGAACUCCUGCAAGCACUUGUUUUAUGUUUAGAUGGUAUAAAUAGUGACACAAAUAUUAGAUGGAAUAACUGCAUAGCUGGCCGAGCAUUUGUACUCUGUAGUGCAGUAACAGAUUUUGAUUUCAUUGUUACCAUUGUUGUUCUUAAGAAUGUCCUAUCUUUUACAAGAGCCUUUGGGAAAAAUCUCCAGGGGCAAACCUCUGAUGUCUUCUUUGCAGCCAGCAGCUUGACUGCAGUGCUACAUUCACUAAAUGAAGUGAUGGAAAACAUUGAAGUUUAUCAUGAAUUUUGGUUUGAGGAAGCCACAAAUUUGGCAACCAAACUUGAUAUUCACAUGAAACUCCCUGGCAAAUUCCGCAGAGCUCAGCAAGGUAACCUGGAGUCUCGGUUAACCUCUGAGAGUUACUAUAAAGAAACCCUAAGUGUUCCAACAGUGGAGCACAUUAUUCAGGAACUUAAAGAUAUAUUCUCAGAACAGCACCUCAAAGCUCUUAAAUGCUUAUCUCUGGUACCCUCUGUCAUGGGACAGCUCAAAUUCAAUACGUCGGAGGAACACCAUGCUGACAUGUACAGAAGUGACUUACCCAAUCCUGACACACUCUCAGCCGAGCUUCAUUGUUGGAGAAUCAAGUGGAAACACAGAGGGAAAGAUAUAGAGCUUCCAUCCACCAUUUAUGAAGCCCUCCAUCUGCCUGACAUCAAGUUUUUUCCUAAUGUUUAUGCUUUGUUGAAGGUCUUAUGCAUUCUUCCUGUGAUGAAGGUUGAGAAUGAACGCUAUGAAAAUGGACGAAAGCGUCUCAAAGCAUACCUGAGGAACACUUUGACAGACCAAAGGUCGAGUAACUUGGCUUUGCUUAACAUAAAUUUUGAUAUAAAACAUGAUCUGGAUUUGAUGGUGGACACAUAUAUCAAACUCUAUACAACUAAGUCAGAGCUUCCCACAGGUAAUUCAGAAACCAUUGAAAAUACUUGAGACUUUUAAAAUAGGUUUUCUCUUAUAUUUGGAGGAAGAGCUGUGAGGUGUAUGUAGGCUGCUUAAUCACUGACUAUCUUUGCCUAUAGGUCUCCCAUUGAAUACAUUUGUUAUUAAUAAUCUACCUAUUUAAAGGGCCCCCAUUUGAACUCUCAUGCUUUGAAGACCUGUCUGUUCUUGCAGAAGGUAGCAUUGAAAGUGCCACGUUUCAUUUCUGUGUGCUCUCCAUUAGUGGCACUCUGGAAUUAUUUUAGUUAAGUCAUUUUAGACACGACAUUAAUCAUCACUGUGGCUCCAAUUGUCAAGUUACCAGUCCAGUUAUCAGUACUUUGAAGAAAUAAAUUUUGACGAGGUAUGGAAGGAAGGAAUGCAUUUUGUAAAGUGUUACAAUGAGGUUCACUAUUGACCUUUAACUAGAAAGACUUUAAAGUAUGUUGUUAAAAUU